AUGUUUGAAUUGACAGAUCGAUUUCAAGGUUUGGAACUAAUUGAUAGGUCUGAUUUAACUGUUGGUGUGGAAGAAGUUGAUAUUAAACCAAUAACCUUGCCUGAUAUAAGUACUGCCAUGGGACUUGAUUGGAAAGCAACUUUCUCUAUUUUUUUACCAAAGCACCAAAAAUGCGCGACACAGCUUAUGGAAAUUUUCUUGGGACUAGAGACAAUUGACGAUUUCACAUCAGCUUCUGUUUACUGCAGAGAGAGAAUCAAUCCUAAUCUCUAUGUGUAUGCAGUAGCAGUAGCUUUGUUUCACAGACCAGAUACACAAAACUGGCCUCCUCCAUCCAUAGCAGAGAUAUUUCCUGACAAAUUCCUAGAGAGAGGAACUUUUUUAAAGGCUAGACAAGAAGUAAAUAUUGCACCAGCAGAAUCAAGAGUUCCUAUUGAAAUUCCUAUGGAUUACACUGCUUCUAACCUCGAGCCUGAGCAUCAUGUGGCUUAUUUCCGUGAAGACGUUGGAGUUGGACUGGUUUAUUGGUACUGGCAUAUGACAUACCCACAAAGAGGUCCUCCUGAGGUUUUAAGGAAAGAUCGUUCUGGGGAAUUAUUCUAUUACUUCCAUCAACAAAUCAUUGCCAGAUAUGAUUUUGAACGACUGAGCAACAACAUGGGAAGAGUAGAAAGACUACUUCACUGGGAUAAACCUAUUGAAGAAGCUUAUUUUCCUAAACUUGAUAACAUACUUGCGAGUAGAGUCUGGCCUUCACGUCUGAAAAAUGCUAAACUUCAAGAUAUCAAUCGAGAAACGGAUGGACUCAUGAUUGACAUUCAAGACUUGCAACGAUAUCAAGAAAGAAUCUAUGAAGCUAUUCAUCAGCGGGCAGCUGUAAACGAGAAUGGAGAAUUAGUGCCUUUAACAGAAAGUAAUGGCAUUGAAAUUUUAAGCCAUCUGCUUCAGUCGACUGGUCUGUCUAUCAAUGAGCCUUAUUAUGGUGCUCUGAAUAACGAUGGGCAUACUGUAAUUGCCUUUAUCCAUGACCCUGAUGGAAGACAUUUGGAACAAUCGGGCGUAAUGGGAGGCAUUGCAACGUCAGUGAGAGAUCCCGUCUUCUACAGAUGGCACAAAUAUAUCGAUGAUAUCUUCCAAGAGUACAAAAACUUGUUACCCAGGUACACUGAACAACAGCUAGAUUUUCCAGGAAUCACGGUGACUUCUCUGGAAGUAGUUUCAGAAAACGCGCCAAGGAAUGAGUUCGCCACAUUCUGGCAGAAGAGUGAUAUCGACCUGUAUAGAGGACUUGACUUCACACCCCGUGGACCAGUGCUUGCUCGUGUUACUCAUCUGCAACAUUCUCCUUUCUCAUAUCUGAUACAGGUGGAAAAUGCAGGACCUCCUGUAAGAGGCACCGUGAGAAUAUUUUUGGCACCUAAGUAUGAUGAAGGAGGUCUGCCUAUGUUGUUCCGAGAGCAAAAACUUCAAUUCAUUGAAAUGGAUCGUUUCAGUGUUGACCUGCUUCCUGGUACCAAUAGAUUUGAGCGGCCGUCUGUACAAUCAACUGUGACUGUGCCUAUUGAGCGCACUUUCAUUAAUUUGAACAACUCCGAUCCAACGAAUUCAGAUGGUUUCGUCUACUGUGGAUGUGGAUGGCCACAUCACAUGCUUGUGCCGAAAGGAAAGCCCGAGGGACUUGUAGCCGAACUAUUCGUAAUGGUGUCUGACUACGCUAAAGAUCACUUUGGCCUUGUUCGAAUAAUGUUUUCUUGA